CGAAUAGUUGUUGACAUCUUUCUGAGUCAGUGUCAGCCCACUUCGACAAUUGUCAAUUUGGAAAUCACUUCAAGUUUCUGCUUGAUAGGAUUGUCUUCUAUCUAUCUGUUAUGAACUGAACGUAAUUAAAGACAGCAGUAUUGAUAUAAGGAAGAUGGAGAUGCCAAUGGCAUCAGCUCAGGGGUCAAGGUCACCACAGCAAUCUAGGUCAAGGCCAAGCCGACCUCCUCCACCUGGGUCACAGAUAUUGAGUGCCAACACAUUAGCCAAACUCCAGGAAUACCAUGAUAGUGCUUUUAGACUUGUGGAGCAAGGACUUAGUGCGGACGAGGAGGGAAAAUCAAACGACGCCCGUGCUUUCUACGAAAGUGGCAGAUCAGCAGUGAACUCUGCCUUAAAAAUUGACUGUGAACAUCUCCAGGGCACCGAAGCAGAGAAAGAUAAGGCCAGAGAGAUUCAGCAGAAGCUGAACAAAACCAAGCUGCAGAUAGAGUACAGGUUGCAGGCUCUGCGAGCAUCAGAAAUCGCUAUGCCAUCAGCCCCAGAAGCGAUGGACUUCGAAGCCCCUCCGAGCUACGAGGCUUCAAUGUCUGACCAACAGUUUGCUGCUCUAGGGGACAGCAUAAUUAGUGCAGAAUCCACAGACAGUCAAAUUCUGACAGCAAAUGCUACAGAGAUAUUUUGCAUACCUAACAAUGUUCAGAUAUUCUUCAUAUCGCCUGAAGGCUAUGUAAGUGCACCAUCAUAUCCAUCAUCAUUGAAAGUUUUCCGUUUCAAUGAGCAGCCAGCUGAGGGGGCAAGCAGUACUAUACAGCCAUCAGCAUUCCUUCAGGUGGGGGAAUGGUUUUACCCGCUACAACCAGGGUCUUCUCCAGCCAUGAGGACUAACUAUGGGGCCUAUGUAUUCCCAGAUCUGCAGUCCACUGUUCCAGGGGCAGCUGUGGGUCUGAUCAUUCCAGAGACGUUACCUCUCACUGAUCGUCAGUGUUUCGAGGAUCUGCUGCAGUCCUUGACCAUGUACCAGCUGCAGCAGUUGACCCCAACAGAGGAACACGCGCAGGCUGAUGAGAGAGUGGCUGGAGAGGACCAGGGGGUGGAGUCAACGAGUACGAAAAUCUCCAAAGGGUUGAUUACUGCUGCAGAGUAUAUAUCUUGGGGUGUGGGCAAGGGCGCUGAGAAAGCAGGGGAGCUGCUGAGGCAGGGAUCCACUAAGCUGCGCUCCCACUUGAAGCCCGAGGAGAGAGAGCGCCCUGUGGACCCACGACUGAAGACUGGCAUACAGUACGUCAGGAAAGGCUCACAUGCUGCUGUCCAAGUCAGCUCUUAUCUAGUCUCCAAGCUCGGUCAGGCCACCAUGGCCCUUGCUAGACAUGCAGCCCCUCACAUCUGUAGGCAGGGAGAGAAGGUGCUCCCUAAAUCCUUGACAGAGAGCAAGGGAGAGGGAAAAUCCACCAUCAACAGCAUCCUAGAAGUGGCUGCAUCUGGAGUACAGGGGUUUGGAACUGUCUACAUGGGCCUUGAAAAGGCAGCCAAAGCCCUUGGAAAAAGUCUAGCGAAUGAAACAGUCACAGUUGUGGCACACAAGUAUGGCAACGAUGCUGGAGAAUUUACAGAGAACACGCUGUACUCUGUUGGUAACAUAGCGAUGACAGCUCACAACGCCAACAAUCUUGGGGUCAAGGCCAUUGCAAAGAGGGCAGCAAAGGAUGCUGGGAAGGCUGUACUCAGUGACCUGGCAGCUAAGCACAAGGACCAACAGACACCACCUGAUAAGCCCCCUCCUCCACAGGGGAAUGGACAUACAAAUGGCUUUUGAGGCAAAUUUGGUUGUUUACAGAAGUUGGCUGUUAAUGAUCUAAAGGACAAACAGAUGCCGAUUGAAAAAAAACACUUAUCAAACAGCAUAUGUUGUGUAUAUAAUGAAAGAUUAAAUCAUGUGAUAAUUUUAUGAAAACUUUAACAACAAUUGAUGACCAAGAACUGUGGUUUUUAACACAAAUUGAUUAUUUUCAAAUUGCAAAAUGUUAUUAAGUGUAAUUGUUCUACCCGUGCAUCUGCCAGUUGGUUAUCUCAAUGUUUAUUCUUUAAUAUUGCAUCAUGAAAGAUUAUGAGUAAAAAUAAGUUCUCUUGAAUUCACCCAAUUAUUUGUUGACACUAUAAUUGUACUAUUGGAAUUUCAAUGCAGUUAAAUAGAUGUUACUACAUUUACUGCAGAAAUACUCGAAAUAUGUACUCGUAGCCAUGAAUUAUGACGUCAUGUGUGUUAUCAAUUGAAAUUUUAAUGUUGUGGAUACUUUGUUUCUUUAAAUUAUUAGUUAUUCAUCAUGUUGGUGUCCAAGAUUCAGUAAAGCUUUGCAACAGAAGAUGACAGGAACUGGUAGAGCGAUUGUGAGCACGCCGAAUAUACCUUGAAAUCAGUCUCAGGAGGUGACACACCGUAGAUCAAAAUCAACUCAUGACCUUUUAACGUUUUGAUGAAUUGACAAUUGAAAAAAAAAGUUUCAGAUAUGCAAAUUAUUGAUUAACUUUGUCAACACGAAUGGCAGAGUGGUUUAAGCGGUAGACUUAAAUUCUAAGGGUCAGUGGUUCGAGCCUGGGUAUGGAUUCUUUCUUUAUUUUUUUAGUUUGUUUUAUACUGGAACUCUUUACUUUCAUUGUUCUAAUGUUUACAUUUUUUAAUUUCAAAAAAAGUUUUGACAAACUUCAAAAUUUACCAACAUCUUUGAAAAGGUCCAUUUUGACAUGAAUGACCUUCAAUCAUGGAAGUCGUAAUAAAACCUUGUUAACUAAUGUAUUGUAAAUUUUAUAGUGUUAACUUAUUUCUUCUUGUACAUUUUAUAAGUCAAUUAUUUAUGAUAAUCAUGAUGCAUUUUAUCUAUUGUCUAAUAAAAUGUUGUUCGAAUAAAACAUUAAAUA